AUGUCUACAUUUGGGAAUUAUUUGCGUGUUUCCACUUUUGGCGAGUCUCACGGUACAGCAGUUGGAUGUAUAAUUGACGGUUUACCUGGAGGUCUUCCUUUUUGUUUAUCUUGUGUACAGCGGCAGCUGCAGCGUCGUCGUCCUGGUUAUUCAUCAGCAGGUGUCUGCAGCAGCAGCAGAUCAGAGCCAGAUGUAGCACAGAUAUUAAGUGGUGUAGAGAAUGGAUUAACUCUUGGAUCCCCAAUAGCAAUAUUAAUACCUAAUCAAGAUAUACGUAAGAAGGAUUACAGCAAUAUUGGUGCUGGUGGACCUGCAGCAGCAGCAGCUGCUGCUGCUGCAGCAGCAGCAGCAGCAGCAGCAGGAGAAGAAAAAGAAGGAGAAUCCUAUAUAGACCCUAUAAAUAAUAUAAUUCCUAGACCAGGACAUGCAGAUAUAACAUAUUUAUUAAAGUAUGGUCUUAGCAGCAGCAGCGGUGGUGGGCGCAGCAGCGCUCGUGAGACAGCAGCACGUGUUGCUGCUGCUGCAGUAAUUGAAUCAUCUUUUCUUCGUUUUGUUGGUGUUAAUAUUAUUGCAUUUGUUUCCUCUGUUGGUCCUUAUAGUAUACCAAUAGAUAUAAUAGAGGAAUAUAAGAGGAAUCCCCCUACAAGAGAAUUAAUAGAAAAAAGAGGAAUUAUACAAAUUAAUCUUAUUAAUAAUAUACUUAUUGAUUAUAAUGGGGAGCCUGUCUUCGAUAAGCUGCCGGCAGUGAUGGCGCAUGCGAUGUUUUCUAUCCCGGCUGUCAAGGGUUUCGAGAUAGGGGAAGGGUUUAAGGCAGCAGAAAUGCGAGGCAGCGAACACAACGAUCCUUUUGUAGCAGAAGAAGGUACACCAGCAGCAGCAGCAGCAGCAGCAGCAGCAGCAGCAACAGCAGCAGAUGCAGAAGCAGCAGCAUCACCACCAUCAGCAGCACCAACAACAACAGCAGAAGCAGCAGCAGGCAAUAAUGACAGCAGCAAAUCCCCUGCUGCUGCUGCUGCUGCUGCUGAUAUUUCAAUGGAUUGUCCUGCCUGCUGCAUGUACAGCAGCACAGCAACAACAACAACAACAGCAGCAGCAGCAGCAGCAGCAGCAGAGGACAACAGCAAUAAGAAGGAAGAUAGGUCUCCUAUAACAUUUAGGGUUGCAUUUAAACCCCCAUCUUCUAUUUCUUUAGCACAAACCACCGCGAAUAUAAAAGGGGAUAUACAAUCAUUAAUUAUACAAGGUCGUCACGAUCCUUGUGUAGUUGCGCGUGCAGUGCCCGUCGUAGAGGCAAUGGCUAUCUUGGUAUUGGGGGAUUUAUUGUUACAACAUUUGCCGCGAGUUGCAACAGCAAAUAUAAUACAAGAACGCAUCUAA